AUGGCGGCUGCUGGAAAAUGUGCGGUGAUUAAGGAUGAUGUUAAUAGUAGCGACAAUACUAAUUGUGAUGGUACAAGGUGUAGUGUUGUUAAUAGUGGUGGCAGUAGUGAUGGUGACAAUGGCGCACUACCAAUGGAUAUAUCAUUGAAGAUGAAUAACUAUAAGGUGGAUAUUCUUCCAAUAUUUAUCCACAAAAAAGGUGGAAAAAACAAUCUGAAAAUCAUGGCAACUAUGCAAAGGGAGAAAUUAGGCAAUAAAUUCUAUGAAGUGCUUUCUCUACAUUCAACAAAUGUAGGGUUUGAAGAAAUAAAAAAAGCUUAUAGAUGCAAAGCUCUUCAAUAUCAUCCUGAUAUUUGUGAUGAUUCAAAUAAAGAAGAACCAAUAAGAAGAUUUAUUGAGUUGAGAAAGGCAUAUGAGACUCUUUCUGAUCCAAUUUCCCGUCAAAUUUAUGAUUAUGAGUUGAGCUUGAUGGAUUCUUUUGAGAGUGAAUUGAUGUGGAGAAAGUCUUAA